AUGGCUAUACAGCAGACGUGUGGGUUACCUGUGUGUAAAGCAACAAUAUGUUUUUUGUUGACUCUCUUUGUUUUGGGAGAGGGACACUUUAAGGGCUGCAGGAAAUUUACCGGAGUGCAGGAUACCAGAAAUGAAGAUGCGUUUAAGGAACUGUGGUUCACUCAGAAACUGAAUCACUUCGAUGGUGCAGACAGUAGAGUGUGGAAGCAAAGGUACUUUGUGAAUGAUGCCUUCUACAAGCCAGGUGGCCCAGUGUUCCUGAUGAUAGGUGGAGAGGGCCCAGCCAAUCCAGCAUGGAUGGAGAGUGGCACCUGGCUCACCUAUGCUGAGAAACUGGGAGCUCUUUGCUUGAUGUUGGAGCAUCGCUUCUAUGGGAAUAGUCACCCAACAGUUGACCUGAGCACAGACAGUCUACGCUUCCUCAGUAGUCGUCAGGCAUUGGCUGACCUGGCUCACUUCCGCACCGAAAUUGGGGAGGCCAAAGGGCUGUCAAACAGGAAGUGGGUGGCAUUUGGCGGGUCGUAUCCGGGCUCUCUUGCUGCUUGGUUCAGGCUGAAGUACCCUCACCUGGUACAUGCCUCUGUGGCCACCAGCGCACCUGUUCAUGCUACUGUCAACUUUCCAGAGUACUUAGAGGUUGUGUGGCGUUCGCUGGCUUCAGAAAACGCAGAGUGCCCCCUACUGGUGAAAAAGGCUUCAGAUACCCUUGUGGAACGCCUCAAAGACCCCAAGACCUAUGACAACAUCACCAAAGAUUUCCAAUUGUGUUCCAAAUUGCAGAUCCAGACAGAGAUGGACUCUGCCUACUUCCUGGAAACGCUGGCUGGCAACUUCAUGGAUGUGGUCCAGUACAAUGAAGACAACAGGGGGUUUGAGGGCGUGAUGGGUACCAACAUCACCAUCCAGGUGCUUUGUGGAGUGAUGGCUGACACCUCCCUUGGAGAUCCUUAUGCCCGAUAUGCUGCUGUAACCCGUCUCAUGUUAGAAACCUUCUCAAUAAAUUGCCUGGACGCCAGCUUCAAUAGCAACCUCAAAGCCAUGACUAAUACAUCCUGGGAUGGGCCAGCUGCAUCGGGAGGGAGACAGUGGGUCUAUCAGACCUGCACUGAAUUUGGAUUUUACCAGAGCACCGAUUCGCCCAACCAACCAUUCGCUGGCUUCCCUCUUCCGUAUCAUGUGAAACAGUGCAUGGACUACUUCAAUGUCAGCGCCGAGCAGCUGGCCGAGGCCAUAGUCCAGACCAAUGAGUAUUACGGCGGCUAUGAUAUCCGCUCCACCAGGAUAGUUUUUCCCAAUGGGUCCAUCGAUCCCUGGCAUGCAUUGGGGAUCACCCAGGACAUCACGGCUUACCUCCCUGCUGUUUUCAUCAAAGGAACAGCCCACUGUGCCAACAUGUACCCUGCCAGACCCCAAGAUCUCCCCCAACUGACUCUGGCCCGCGACCACGUCUUCCUACUCCUCCAGCAGUGGUUGAAGCAAUAACUGACAGCCUGAACAAGCCAAUCAGUAGCUUUGCAAAGCCAGCUCAUUACUCUUUGUCCAGAUGGUUGUUUGACGUUGGUACAAGACUUCUUAUUUUAACUGCCAAGUUUGUGAUUGUUUUAAAAUGGCACUUUAUUGCAAAUACAUAUCCAAAGUUCAGGUAUUUUGAAUGAGAGAGACAAUUUUAAUCAUAUGAAUAAAGAUGUUUUUUUUUUUAAAGAUUCUGCACUUUCAGUUUCAUUCUGAGUUUACACUGCAAGAACAUUAUCUGUACUUGGGGCUCGGGCUUGUUUUGUGGACAGGGUGGAAAUUAAAGAAGGAGUAGGACCUUGUCUAAUUAACACUGGCUCUCUGAAGGAUGCAUUGAGCUAGUUUCCCAG